CAGUAAGAUAGUCAUUAAAUUUAUAUAUUUCUGGCAUUCGAAAUUCAAGAUUCACGGUGUUAAAUGUACUAUUGUUACAAAUUGUUAAUUGUUACAAAGUACUGCAAUUUUAAUAAAUACAUUAUUGAAAUCUAUAUAGAUACUUUAAAUGGAAAUUAGUAUGGCAUUUCGACAUAUUUUAUUAAACGUCGGAUUAAUUUUAAUGAUAAUUAUACUAUUUACUGAAAAAUUUGCUAAAAGUGACACUGAACGUUAUAAGAAUGUGUUGGAUAGCUAUGCUCCUGUAAUAAUACCAUUGCAUUAUAAUGUCAAACUAAAUUUUGAAGUAUCCAAAAAUAUCUUUUUUGGAGAAUGCAAUAUUAAGAUCCAAAUUAAAGGUAUAACAAAAAAUAUAACUAUAAUGACUUCAAGGAUUUUCAGUAUAGUAAGCGUUAGCCUGUUUGACGACAUUCAUAAUAAAAUAAUCAGAAUUCCGAAUUUUUCAUUUAUCAAUAAACCGCUUAAUAAAACGUACAUUUUUUUGGAUUUCAUCAAGUCAUCAAUGCUUUUUCUACCUCUUGGUACGUAUAUCUUACAAAUGAUAUAUGUGCAAACCAUAUUAGAUGGCGGAGAUUAUUUCGAAUCUUUCUACACAGAUAAAGAAGAAUUAUUACGCAACAAAGGUAUUAAACUAAUAAAAGCAGAAGAACUAUUUCCAUGUUGGGACGAGCCUGCAUUUAAAUCAACUUUUAAGAUUAUUAUCUUGCAUCAUAAAAACUACACAUUUUUGUCGAGUAUGUCGAUACGAAAGCAAUUUGAAGAUGUGAAUGACAUGAUGUGGACUUACAUUGACGAAUCAUAUUCAAUAUCCAUUCAACGUUUAACAAUUGUGAUGAUUGAAAUAAUUAAAUUCAGUUAUUUCUCGACUUCUGACAAAAAUGUCAAAUUUUGGUAUAGAAUGGAGGCAGUAGAACAGAUGCAAUUUGCAAAGGACAUUGUCAAAGAUGUCUUGUACCGUUUGGAACAAAAAAGUAUAACAAAUAUAUCAAAAAUAGAUUAUGUUGUAAUUAAAAACUUUCAAUACAGUGACGUAAGGCCACAGGGAUUCGUUCUAUUAAGGGAAGAAGAUGUUAUUUAUAAUAAUACAAUAGAUCACAAUGUCCGUAAAAUAGAAGUGGCAAACUUAAUAGCGCGUGAAACGAUAUUUUGUUGGUACAGUGAUGUGCUUCUGUGGUCAAAGGAAGGAUUUAUUACAUUUCUUGCAGCCGAUAUUUUGAAUCAGGCUCAAUAUCGCACGAUGGAUUUAUUUGUCGUCCAAACACAACAGGAAUCUUUACGUUUCGAUACUCUUCCUGUAGAUUCAUAUCCAUUAUACACCGCAAACAUCGCUGCAGUUAAUUCAUUUCAAUCGUCUUUUCAAUAUAUCAAAUCAUUCAUUACAUGGCGCAUGUUAUAUCAUCUAGUAUCUGAAGAUGUGUUCUGGACUGGGAUUCGCACAUAUAUAAUGCAAUAUAAUCAGUCAAAUAUAUACAUCGAUCAAUUGUGGAAUAUUAUACAAAGUGUUUUCGAUAAUCGAAAUGGCAGCAACCUACAACAGAAUAAAUAUAACAUAUAUUUAAAUAUAACAGAUAUAAUGAAUAUUUGGAUAUUCACUGAACAAAAAUAUUCUCAUCUGUUCGUGGAACGAAAUUAUUUGAAAGCCUUGACAAUAUUCACUUCUAUUAAUUCUACACUCGAUGAAAAAGUGACAUUUUUAACAUUAGUGACAUAUACGACAAAAUCAAAUGACUAUAAUUCCUUUUUGUUUGAUUGGAAAAGACCGUGGUUCGUAAAAAAAAAAUUUGACAUAAUUGACUGGAUUAUAGUCAAUUUAGAACAAAUUGGAUACUAUCGCGUCAAUUAUGAUUUGGAUAACUGGAAAAAUCUUAUGCACUAUUUGUCCUCUGUAAAUUAUAGCAGUAUUCAUGUUCUGAAUCGAGCUCAAAUCAUUGAUGAUGCGUUUUAUUUUUUGAUGCAAAGAAACCUCAGCUUCAACUUGUUUUGGAAUAUUACAAGCUUCCUAUUUCAUGAUACGGACUACAUAGCAUGGUAUCCUAUGAUUAAAGCUGUCGAAUAUAUGACGUGUAUCUGGCCAGUUCAAAAUAAUGAUAACAUAAAGAUGAAAAUUAUGGAAGUUUUCUUUCAUCUUCUGCAUAAUAUAGGAUAUAAUGAUAAAGUUCACGAAAGUGAUUUUACUCAAAAUUUAAGAGAAGAAGCUGUAAAAUGGUUAUGUGUUCUCGGUGAUCCUGAAUGCAGAAGAAUAGCCGCUAAUAAAUUAAGAGAAGUUCUUGAAAGUUCUGUACAAGACAAACCACUGAAAUGGAGAGAAUGGAUUUAUUGCAAAGGUUUAAUGUCAGCAAACGGGAGUAUUUGGUGGAAAGUGUUGAGUAAAUCGAUGGACACAUUUGAUAAUACAUUUUCAAAAUACUUAACUUGUUCUACAAAUAUUAAUAUUAUUAGAAUUUUUGUUACACAAAUAUUACAAAAUAUGGUCCAAUUAAACCAACUAGACAAGAACCGUGUUAAUAUUUUUCUUCUCAUUAUUGUGAAACAUGCAAAAAAUCAAGCAGUGCUCGAGUAUAUAUACGACGUCUUUAAAUACAGUAUAAAGGAAGUUUACCGAAUUGCCAUAUUAAUUGUUAUUAUAACACACAAGCAUGACGUAGACCAAUUACAAGAGGUAAGUAAAUUUGUUCAAAGUUAUGUGACAAGUGACAUAAGACUAAUUGAUGCUGUUAAACAAAAAUAAAAAAGCGAAUUCAGGAAUACAGUAGAUAUGUCACAAUGUAUGGGACCCUUACGUAAAGCUAAUAAACA